ACAUUUGUACUAACUACGAUUACGAAUACGAUAUUCACGGAGGCUAAACAAGAAAAUAUUAUGACAGAAAUACCAAGGUCAAGAAGAGACAAUGAUACGACAAUUACCAUACACAAUGCCUACCAAUUGUGGGUGGAGCAGAGAGACAAAUUUGGAUUUAGAUUGGGAGUUUUAUCAUGUGAAAAUUUGAAUGAGAUAUUUGCAUUGCAUCUACUGAACCUUCACUCGACUUGCACGACAUGCACCGCCCGCGCCCCUCCUGCUACCUCCAUAAUCAGCGCCGGGCAUGGGCCGGAGGAGCCCGAGGCCACGGAAGCUACCUCCACCUCCGCCGAUGGUGAUUGCAUGCGAAGUCGACGCAUGGAAUCGCGAGAGACUCUCAAACUAAAAGUCAAACCACCCAGUCCAACUCCAAGACCAACCCAACCUGCCUUGCCUCACGUAACUUUGUUCCUACGAGAAGAUCUUCCAAUUUCUCCUGGAGACAGAGGAGAAAAUGAUGCGACCGAAGGGAUACCUGGAAAGCAGCCAUCCAAGGGAAACACUGACACUCUCCAUAUAAAACAAGAGGACUUGCAAAGUUACUGCUCUAAAGUGGCAUUGCGGGAAGAGACAUCUGUUGAUGACACCAAUGUCGCUAAAAACCAAGCUGGUGAAGAUGAUUGGAUAGAGGAAAAUGAAAUUGAAGGAGGGUGUGUAUAUGAUGUGCAGAUAAAGGAAGAAGUCAUGGAUGAUGGCUAUCAGGAAAAUCAAGCUACUGGGUUGCAAGAUGAUGACGACAAUGAUGAGGAUAUUGAAGAUGAUGGAGAAGACAAAAAUAAGCAUUCCUCCUCGGAAAAAGACAGUAAAAAUGACAAUACACAGAGACAGCUCAAGUUCAGCUUUAAAGUAUUCCAAGAAUUCUGUUUGGCAGGAGACCAUGCUAUUGGAGAAUUAUCAGACAUCGACUUGAAAAUAUUAGACGAACUAUUGGGUAAAUUCUAUGCUGGUGUCAAAAGACAAAGUGGUGGGUCAUACAGUAAUAAGUCAAUGCAGGCUUUGCGUUAUGGGUUGCAUAAAUAUUUCCAUGAUUUGCGAGGCAUAGACAUUAUCAGGGGUUCCCAGUUUCUAAAUUCUAGACAAGUAUACAGAGCUGUUCUACAAAAGCUGAGAAAGGAGGGCAAAGCCAGUGUCAUGCGUCAUAAACCUGUCAGUGAAUCCGACAUGACUAAAAUUCUGGACAGUGUUGAUUUGAACACCCCGCGUGGAUUACAGCGAAAAGUCUUUGUUGACAUCAUGACCCACUUUGUGUACAGAGGGGAAGAGAAUCUACAUGAUAUGAAGGCUCGUCACUUUGUUCUGUGUAUACAAAACGGUCACCGGUAUUUACGCAUGGUUAACAAAGCUACAUUAAGUGACAAGUCAACAUUCCAGGAACGUAUGUAUGAAAUUCGUGGGAGCAGUAGGUGUCCCGUUCAAACAUUCUUGAAAUUGCAGUCUAAACUGAAUCAAGAUUUACCAUUUUUAUGGCAAAAACCAAAGAAAUUUGCACGAAGUCAGGGGCCAUGGUAUGACGGUGUUCGUCAGGGAAUCCACACACUUCGAAGUAUGACAAAGACAAUCAGCAGUGAAGCAGGAUGUUCUGCUGACUACACGAAUUACAGCUUUAGAGUGAAGUCAAAUACCCCCUAUAAUAUCAUCAGCUUACCAUCAAAGGAACAAGUGACUGAUUCAGGGCAUCCAUCCGAAACAAAUAAUGAACAUCAUGGCCAAUCUAGUAACCAGAAAAUAAUGAGUCAAUUGAUCUCGAAUGCUAUAGUGAUUGGCCUUGGUCUACCACAGAAACCAUCUGAUCAUGGACAAUAGGAAUAAGAAAUGUACACAAAGCCAUGUACAUAAAUUUGACAAUGUUGUAAAGCUCUUGGCUAUUUAUAAUAUGUUUGUGGCAACAUUCCCUCAGGACAUGGAAACCUAAUGUUUAUUGUUCAGCCUACUGUUGGAAAUCAUUGAAUCAGAAGAGGCAUGCAGUGUUCCAAGUAUAGGUCAUGAAAGGAGUUUACUGUUGAUUUGUGUCCCAGAAUGCGAGUUUACUCAGACUUUUUAAAGGGGUUUUUGAGGAGACACCUUUCAUUCCAGACCACUUUAUAAUAAAUACUUUCCCCAUUCACCAGGAGUGAUUCUCUGCUCAUACAUGUAUACUCUCUUCUAAUCAUAUCUUCUCAGAUAACAAAUGGCCGACAUGUUCCGUGCCCAAUCCAGGUGAUACAAUGUUGGAGUUUUCAGGUGCUAGCCCAAAGAAGAAGACCAGGUAUGCAGGGGGAGGAUUUAAAUGUUCAGUUGGCGGAUGUGGCAAGACCUAUUAUGAUGGAUAUAGUAUGCAUGAGUUACCCAAACAAGAAGGAUCAGUUAGAAGAGAAUGGAUGAAUUUUCUCAAAGCCUCUAACUUUGAUCCAGAUGGACGAUCUUUAGUGCACAUCUGCAGUGGACACUUUGAUCGUAGUCAAUAUGAUGAAACACAGGUUAUGAUGUAUAGGAUGAAAAUUCGGAAGCUAUCACCUCGAUUGAAGCCAACAGCCAUCCCUUCCUUCCAUAAAGCAACCCAUCCAUUCCCACCAGACUUUUUCAAACUAUAAACAACAACCUUCAUGACUAUGGCAAUAAUAAUGACCACGACUACAACUCAACAACAUGUACCACUACAGUUUGAAUUACAGACCAUGUAAUAGAUUACAACAAACACUUCUUGGAUGUCUACAAUCUGCAAGCCCUAGCAUGGUUGGACUCAUGUCUACUUGAAGAUGUCCAUCAUUAUUCAUGUUACAAGACAUCUCCCAUCCUGAUGUAGGCCUUACACAUCAGCUCAUGGUCUCUCAGUGCACAACUUUGAAAAGGGGAAGUUUUGGCAAGAUAACUGCAAAUGCUGGAGAGGCUUUAAGAAAGGCUAAGAAGGAACAUCGAUUUGUCCAGUGCUCUUUAGUUGCUGAGUGCUCCUCCAGUUAUACUUUGAGAGGCAAGCCAAGAUUCUGAAACGGUGUGAUCUAUUAUGCAAUGGAGAUGACGGACAUGGAAAUCGAUAUUCAGUAAGAUCGCUGGAGAGCCAGAAGUGGUUUGUGCUGGCCUGAAUUCACCAAGAUUUGACUUUAACCUUUAAACUUGCCCAUAGAAUAUGCACAUUUUGAUAAGCACAAACAGGGCCUUGUGCACCUACUUGAGUGCUCUUCUGGUUCGAAUUUUCUCCUCGCUCUUGGUUUAAACUCCCUGUGCAAAAUGGGUAAUUGACACAAAGGUCAAGAAAACAGAGAGCAAACUUAAGCUACAAUGACACUUGCACGAUUAUGGAGUUUGCGCAUUGAAUCAAGAAGUAUGCUGGCCAGUGCAAGCCAACGCUUGAAAAGGCAUGCCAAAAUUGUAGAAUUUUUAAAAUUUUGGCACAACAAAUUCUGAGGACAAUUGUUGUGAACUAUUUGUAAACUGCACAAUUUCGUAGGGCCAAGGUGUUAUGUCAUAACAGCAUUAGGUGAAAAUGGGGAGGAAUGGAAAAUAAUGUUCACCUGCACGUCAAAGUUGUCAAAACGUUGCACAAGAAGUAAUAGACUUUAAAACAUGUACCGAUAAUCAGCUUUCAGGAGAAAAAAAACAUUUCUUUUUUAUUUCAUAUAAUAAAAAUUCCUUUUGUAUUUCUUUGUUUUUUACCUUUUUAUUUAUAUAUUUUCUACAUAAUUUGUCAAGACAUUAUUGCAGUCAGAAUAGCAUCAAAUUAAAUAAUUGCUGUUAAUAAAAAGUAAAAAUGAUUACUCAUUUAUGAAUUUGAGCUGAAAACACAUUUUGUAUUGACUUUGUACAUGAAAUCAAUUUUUUGAGGAAUUCUGGGUCUGACAUGCACUUAAAUAAUGUUGUGUAAUUUCUUUACUGUAUAAACAGGUGUUGUUAAUUUGGUCUCAAAAGCUGCGCAUAACUUGGAAGAAAAUACUUCUGAAAUGACUUGGUGUGAUCCUCAAACAGAUUUGUUAUGAAAAAUGUUGAAGUGGGGCCAUUAUGCCCCCAGGAGUAUUAAGGCCCUGUGCCAUGCAAGCCUUUUGGAUGAUUUAUGGGCAGUCACCUGCAAUUCAACCGCAAACAAAAUUUGAGUGGGCAACCUGUGUGCUGGUGACCUGCAGGUAGCAAAAAUAGUCGCCUAUAUUAUAAAGUUACAAGCAAGGAUUGUAUGUAACAAGGUAACAGGGCCUUAAGGGUUAAAAAGAGGAAAGAAAACUCAACCCUUCUAAUGCUCUGUUAAUUGGAUCUCUUAAGAGUAGAUAAAACAUUUUUUUACCAUUCUGUGUAAUAUUAGAGAUGUCUCUUAAACUGCAAGGUAUAUUUUUGGUGUAUUAUUGAAUAUUUUACAAUUCUGUGCUCAUGGAAUAUUCAUACAUGAAAUGAGGUUGAAUUUUCAUUUGAAACAAAUGAAGAGCAUGUUUGUGAUUUUGAUUAUAAAGUUUUACUCAAAGUGAUGUACACGUAAUAGUGAAAUAUUGCCAAUACCUGUGUAAGCCAUUGGAAAUAUAAAUUUGUAAUAGUAUUUAUACAAUGCUAUUGUGCUGCCUUCAACCCAAUUGAGGUAAAUGGGUACCUGUUAGAAAUUUAUUCCUUAAAAAGCAGUGUGCAUAGUAUCUUCCCUGCUAAAGCCAGUGUAAUUAUGCUGCAUUUUAGAUAAUUAUUAUUGUUAUAUUGGUGUGUUUUUGUGUUUUAAACAUAUCAAUAUUAAGAGGUAUCUAAAUGUUUCCUUCUUGGCCAUCCAUUUUGGAUUAAAGUUCUUAAAGGGAACUCAACUAAUGCAUUGUCAAGUUAUCUACAUAUUCAUGUAGUAUGUAAGACAAAUUAAUACUCUGUAUAAGAAUGUAUUGCUGUAUAUGUAUUAUUAUUUUACACCUAAAAGAACUUGACUAUUUGAGAUGUUUUUUUUUUCUUUUUAGGGAUGGGGGCAGUUGCUUAGAAAAAGUCAUGUUUAUAUGCCACAAUUGAAUUCCUAUGCUUUGAUGAAUUGGUACAGUCUUGUAGAACUUGUAAAUAUAAAUGUAACUCAAAAACCAAACACAAAUUCCAUUUUUGCCAUUAUGAAUUCCAGAUUAAAGAGAUGGGUUGAAAUUACGUCCAUGCAGAUAAAUGACAAGAUGUGAUUAGUUUCAAUAUGCUUUAACCAGUAUUCUUUUAGAGUCUUAUUGCAAUCAUGCAGGGCGUGUACAACUGUAGUUCAUGCAAUUGUUAUAAAUAAAUUCAGUUUUAUUGCCACAAAAUGGAUGAUGAUGUAAUUGUUACCAUUUCAAUCUCUUUCACUGAUUCUUUGGUUAAUGCCACAUUAUGGGUAAUUACACUAUAAAGUGGGUGAUUCCAAUUAUGAUUUUCAAUGUUGAUUUUAGUGUUGGGAUGAAACAAACACCAAUUGAUUUUGUAUCAUUGUUAAAACCCAAAGUUUGUUUCAGUAUCAAUUUAUAACACAAUAUUGAGAAAUGAUAAUGUUCUGAUUUCCACCCCUGAUUUUUAAUCGGAUUAUAUUUUAUUCGUAAUGAUUCAGAUUUGCUAGAUUUAUGUGAUUUAAGAUUAAAGGUUGAAAGCAUGAUGUCUCAAAACCUUCAUAUUUUUAAAGGAAAUAUGCAAAAUUAAAUUUGUUCUAAACUCAAAUUAUAUAGUAAUUCAAAGAUGUGUUAUGGCCUAAAGACAGAUUCUUUGGACAAUCAAACUUCAAAGUUCACUCCCGGUCUGUGUUUUUGUCAUGUUUGGAAGUUAACAGAUGCAACAUUAGACAUACCACUUUAUGAAAGGCUAUUUAGAUUUGAUAUUAAAUUUAUCUUUGUCUUA